CAUAACCAAGUUAUGGUACGGUUUGCCUUUAUACAAAACAUGUUUCUUUCUUCUUCUUGUUCAAAUUUCUCUCUCCACUUUUUGAAAUGUAACGCUGAACACAGUAAUUGCUGUUUCUCAUUGUCGUUUCUCACUUACCUCACCCAAAACCCAACUUUGGUUCCACCCAUUACUUGUAAACAAUCCAGCACGAUCGAUUCUGCUUCUCUUUUUUCACUUUCAUUCUACUCCUGCUCCCUCUCCUUCCAAGAUCCGCAUUUGUCCCUUUUCCUUAUCCAAUUUUUACUUCUAAAUCGUUAUUCUCCCCUGAAUAAUUCGUCUCCGCCAUCUUCAUGUUGAUUCAUUCUCCCAUUCUUCUUUCCUCUAUUCCGAUUAUGCAUGCAUCUCCAUUGUGAUGGUUUCGUAGAGGUCAAAUUGUGUUAUCCAUGCACAUAAACGAUGACGGUGAUGAUGAAGGAUUGGUAUGUUUUCUUAAUGGCUUCAGUUGUGUUUAAUUAUUUGAACCCUUUAACCCCUUUUCUAUUAUGCACCACUACUCUCUAAUUUUCGACAAAGAUAGUGUCUUGUUGAGAGGUUAAUGCUAUUUUGAUUACUGGGUUUUCUGUAAAAUGGAGUUUGAGCCUUUGAGUCUGAGCAACGAGGUUAUUGAAUUUGAUAUGAUUGGUUUGGGGUAUGAUGCUACCAUUGACAUGGAGCACCCUGUUGAGGACGGUGAGGACCUUGUUAAUAUUGAUUAUAGUCCAGCUGCUGCUAAUUCUGUUCUUGCUGCUGGUGUGGGCCCUCACAUUUUUGGAGGGGACACUAAUCUCGAACCUUGUCAAGGUAUGGACUUUGAAUCGGAAGAGGCUGCAAAGGCCUUCUACAAUUCCUACGCUCGCCGUGUUGGCUUUAGCACGCGGGUGAGCAUGUCUCGGCGCUCCAGGCGUGACGGUUCUAUAAUUCAGAGGUCCUUUGUGUGUGCCAAGGAAGGUUUUCGUGUGGAGAAGGAGAAGCAUUUGAUCGAUGGAAGAGUCAAGCGGCCACGUGCCGAAACCCGCGUUGGUUGCAAGGCCAUGUUGGUUGUGAAAAUUCAAGAUUCUGGCAGAUGGGUUGUUUCUUCAUUUGUCAAAGAACAUAAUCAUGACUUGGUUCCGCCGGACAAGGUGCAUUGCCUUCGUUCUCAUCGUCAUGUUUCGGGUCCAGCUAAGUCGUUGAUUGAUACUUUGCAGAGUGCUGGAAUAGGACCUAGUGGAAUAAUGUCUGCUCUAAUAAAAGAAUACGGUGGAAUUAGCAAUAUUGGUUUCACUGAGCGUGACUGUAGGAAUUAUAUGAGAAGCAGUAGGCAAAGGACCCUUGGAGGUGACACUCAAAUCCUUUUGGACUACUUGAAGAGCAAACAAGCAGAGAAUCCUUCAUUUUUCUUUGAUGUACAAGGUGACGAAGAUCACUGCAUGAGUAAUAUCCUCUGGGUUGAUCCCAAUGCUAGGACUAAUUAUACUUACUUCGGAGACACUGUCACCUUUGAUACAACAUAUAGGUCUAACCGCUAUAGAUUACCUUUUGCACCUUUCACUGGUAUAAAUCAUCAUGGACAGCCUGUAUUAUUUGGUUGUGCUCUCCUGAUAAAUGAAUCCGAGGCAUCUUUUGUCUGGCUUUUCAAAACCUGGCUUGAAGCAAUGUCAGAUAGACCUCCAGUUUCAAUUACUACUGAUCAUGAUAGGGUGAUAUGUGCAGCCAUCAACCAUGUAUUUCCCAGUACCCGUCACCGAUUUUGUAAGUGGCACAUUUUUAAGGAGUGCCAAGAGAAGUUGUCUCAUAUGCUUUCUGAACAUCAUAAUUUUGAAGUUGACCUGCAUAAAUGCAUUAACCUGACCGAGUCAAUUGAGGAGUUUGAGUCUUGUUGGUCCUGUCUAAUUGAUAGGUAUGAUCUCACGAAACAUGAAUGGCUUCAAGCAAUUUACAGUGAUAGGCGGCAGUGGGUACCGGUGUAUUUGAGGGAUACAUUUUUUGCAGAAAUGUCAAUAACACAGCGAAGUGAUAGCAUAAACUCUUAUUUUGAUGGAUAUAUCAAUGCAUCAACAACGCUUCAGCUUUUUGUCAAGCAGUAUGAGAAGGCUUUAGAGAGCCGUUUUGAAAAAGAAGUCAAAGCUGACUAUGAUACUAUUAACACUACUCCAAUUCUGAAGACUCCAUCACCUAUGGAGAAACAGGCAGCGGGAGUUUACACAAGGAGGUUGUUUAUCAAAUUUCAAGAAGAAUUGGUUGAGACAUUAACAUUCUUGGCAAACAAAGUAGACGAAGAAGAAAUUAUUACCGUGUACAGAGUUGCCAAAUAUGGGGAAAUGCACCGAGCCUACUUUGUCAACUUUAAUUCGUUUGAGAUGAAAGCUACUUGUAGCUGCCAGAUGUUUGAGUUUUGUGGUCUAGUUUGUAGACAUAUAUUGACUGUUUUUAGGGUGACAAACCUUCUUACUUUACCAUCUCAUUAUAUUUUAAAAAGAUGGACCAGGAUUGCUAAAAGUGGUGUCAUAUUGGAUGAACAUACUACUAAUUUGUCAAAUGGUUCUCACGAAUCUCUAACCUUCCGAUUCAGAAAUCUUCGUCAACAGGCCCUUAAAUAUGUUGAAGAGGGAGUAACCUCUUCGGAAGUUUAUGAUGUAGCAAUAAGUGCUCUUCGGGAAGCUGCGAGUAAGGUGGCAUCUGCAACAAAAAAUGAUGGAAGACAGGUUAUUGUAAACGGAACUUGUGAAGAAUACCUUCGUCAGAACAAUGAAACAACUAUAAGAAGCAGUGAUCCUCCAUUUUGCUCGCAACAAUCUUCAUAUAAGGAUGACCAGGAUAGAACAAUUGAGAAGUUGACACGGCAACUAGACCGAGCUCGAAGGAAAUGUGAAGUUUACAGGUCCAACUUGCUGUCAAUUUUAAAAGACAUUGAAGAGCAGAAGCUACAAUUAUCAGUUAAAGUCCAAAAUGUUAAGUUGGGAAUGAAAGAGUGAUUUGUCAAUAAUGGAAUUGAUUAAUGUAUUUCUUUCAUGUAAUUGUAGGUUCACCCUCUUGUAAAGCAUCUAGUUGGGUACAUGCUUUAGUGAAGUUGAGAAAGAUUCCUAAGGCAAAUUUCUAACCAGUUUUACUGAGGGUUUCAAACUUGAGUGCAAAAUCAUCAAAACUGUGUGAAAGAUCACACCUAUCCCAUCAUCAUAAGAGAACCAAGAGUAAUUCAUACCAAGUAACCAAUUCAUUACAGUCCAAAUCAGAAUGAAACCCAAAAUUUACAUA